CAAUAUUCGAUUCUUCAUGAAUUGACUAAGUGUAGUACUUCUAGUAAAUAUUCAGAUUGCUUGAAUAUAAUUUAUGAAUUAUGAUUGCUAAAUAAGAGCAGAGGAGCUGAUUUAGAUGCUCUUUUUUUUUUUUUUUUUGGUGAUGGUUUGAUAUAGAUUUGAAAUGGCAACAAAUGGUGCUUUCGAUACAAUUGUUCCAUUUCCUCUCGAACUUCAUAAGUAUGAAGAUUGGACAAUUUUCCUUAAAAACUAUCUGUUGACUCAAGAUCUUUGGGAUGUGGUCGAAAAGGGUACUGAUGCUCUUCCUUCUUCAGACAAGGUUGAUCAGACGAAAAAGAAUGCUGCAGCCCUACAUGCAAUUCACAUUACAUGUUCACCAGAUGUUUUUGCUUUAAUAAAGUAUAUCAGUUCUGCCAAAGAAGCUUGGAACAAAUUGGCUGAAUUGCAUCGACAAUGGCAAUCCCAAUCCCAAUCCCGUUUCCACCCCGAAUUAUCAACCAGUUCAGCUUUGUGAAUCAUGGUCAUUUAGUUUCAAAUUUAUGAUUUGUAGUAGUUAGGUCACAUCCUUAACAAAUAAUGGAAACAAUGUAAAAUCAAAUAAAAUCAUAUUAAAUCC